GACGCGUUGCGAUGGGGUUGUGCGAGUGUCCACGAAAUCCUCAAGUUUAUCGAUUCUCUAGUCGAAAUUGCCCUCCAAAGUUCGGCAAAUUUCCGGGCGUGCCAUUGUCGACGUGGAAGAAUAAAUUCUGGAAGGUGCCUUCUUCGUUAUCUCCAGCAGCCUUAUCGGUGGAAACGCCUCCUCAAGGCUACAGAAGGAAUGUGGGGAUUUGUCUCGUUAAUCCUUCUAAAAAGAUCUUUGCUGCUUCGAGGAUUAACAUACCGGAUACAUGGCAAAUGCCUCAGGGCGGUGCUGGUGAAGGUGAGGACCUUAGAAAUGCAGCAAUGAGAGAAUUGAGAGAAGAAACUGGAGUUACAUCAGCUGAGUUUCUUGCAGAGGCUCCAUACUGGCUUACUUAUGACUUCCCACUCCAAGUCAGAGAGAGACUUAAUCGUCGAUGGGGCACAAACUAUAAAGGUCAAGCACAGAAGUGGUUUCUAUUUAGAUUUACGGGGAGGGAAGAAGAGAUCAACCUAAUGGGAGAUGGAUCGGAAAAGCCAGAAUUCAAGAACUGGACAUGGAUGUUACCAGAACGAUUGGUGGAGCUUGCAGUGGAUUUCAAGAAGCCUGUAUAUGAACAAGUUAUGAAGUUGUUUAGUCCAUAUCUUCAGGGAGAUGUAGACGAAGGAAGUUGUUUUGCACAAAAGAUGAAGCUGAUAAUUGAAGAGCAUAUGGAGUCCCCUCCAGCAUGAAGUAGCUUGAAAUGUUAAUUAAACUCUCGUUGAUAUUUCUGGUGCAAUACCAGGUUUUGUCUUGAAAUUAACCACAGCUAUGAGAAUCGUAAUGUUCUGUUACUGUCUUCUUUUGCAAAGCAUCCUUGCGAAGGCUUUCCAGCAAAAGCACUUUUAACA